GUGUCCUGUUUAUUUGAAAAAAUAUUUUGGAGUAAAUCUAUCAUAACUUAUGGUUUACACUUAAAAAAGAAUCUAUUAAAUAUUCAUUACUUUUUUCAUUUAUACUGAGUGAUAAUGUUAGAUUUCAGAUUUAAAUCUGAAUGUCAAGUGAAAGAACAAGCAACUCGUCAAAUACAGAUACAUAUUAAGCAUUGAUGCUCAACUAUUUUGCAGAGGGGCAGAAGUAAAGUAUGAGCAGAAAAUGAAAAUACUCCACUCCACAAAAUGAGUCUAUUUCUGUGUCCAGGAGUAUAUUCCCUUUCAACCUGUGGAUAAGCCUUACACUCAGCAGCAGAGCCUCAAGAGGUUUUGGAGAAGGCCUUAUGUUUGCUGUUCUGAUACAAGUUGACAGAAGAUUGUGUGCAGGGCCAAACAAAUCAAUGGGCUUGGCAAUGGAUAGAAGGACUCGAAGUGGAAAACAAAGAAUAACCUAUCAGCUCACUUUUUAUAUGUAAAGUGAGCCAUUUACUAUUAUAUUUUGUUAAGGUUAAGAUCACCAAUAUGUCCAAUUAUAUAAAACUGAUGAACGGCAACAUUUAAUAAUGUGUAUUUAAUCACAUUAUAUUUAAUCUGAUUGAUUAUUAUUACACAAGCAACAGUUUAUCAAAUUAAAGUCGAAUCUUCCAUUCAUGAAAACAACACUAUUAAAGGAUACAAAUUUAAAAGUUGUUUCGUAUGAUUUAAGAACACAAAAUGUAUGUAAUGUUUCCAACACUAUAAUGAUAGAACCAUAAACAAGAACCCAGUGUGAUCAUUUUUUAUCUUUGCCCUUGGACCAAAAUAAAAUGGCGAAAAAAAUAAAAUGGCUCGCAAUUUUAACAAAGGCAUAUCCUUCCCUUGUAAAAAUUACAAGAACCAUAAGAAUAUGAUAUUAUUGCAGAUGAACUGGCUAUUAUUUAAGAAGUUUGUGCUCUGUAGAUAUUGGCCACAGUCAAAGUGGCCGUCAUGAUAACAGCUGGUUGAAUUCUCAGAAUGCUUAUUAAAGGAGUUUCAAUGCAUCUUAUCUCCUUUAGCAUAGGAUAUACUGGGCCAUACUUUACAAAAUAGAAAGGAGAUAAUGUUGUCCUAUUAUUCCUUGUAGCACAACAUUUAACAUGAAACAUCAGAAGUUACCCAGACCCGCAUAAAUGUAGACCCAAACAGAACACCUAUUUUAUGCCUGGGACACAAUCCAGAGCUCCAAAAAAUAAUUGACUGAUUUGCUGAGGCAGAAAUCCACAAAUAUAGAUAUUUUCUCCUUCAAAACUGUACAGUUAGGAGUAAUGUUGACAAACAAGCAUAUUCAGCAUAUUCAAUAUAUUCAAUAUCAUCAAACCUCCCCCAUCUACAAUCCUGUUUGUUUUGGUUUUAUCAAAGUAUCCAUUUUGUGUUUGAUUGAAGUGGUGACUGCCCCCGGGCCCACUGCAGAGGUGAGAUGUCUUUAUAAGGGUUCAGUUCUGUGUUCAUGCUGCCACUGGCUGCCACUCAUUCUGUUACUCAAAGUGGCCAGCCCCUUAAUUUACGCAUUUACUAUUAGAUGGGUGAGCUAUUUAAAUAUUGACCCUGCACUCUUGUCAUUGAUGGGGGAAUUAGCUAUAGAGACAGUUUGUAGAUGCCAUUCGAGGAACUGUGGUUUUUGGCACUUGGGCAUUUUUCAGAGCUUGUCCUUGGUCAUAACAGCAGUCCUACUCUGCUAAAAACCAACAACCAGUGUCAGAAAACAGGACAUAACACCAACAACCUGACAUCAAGCCAUUAACAUGAAAUUGUCAAAACAAGAGAGACUUUUGAUGUAAGGUUGUGGCUCAUUAAUUGAGUUGGGUAACAGUAUUAAAUAAAAUCAUGCCCACUGUCAGGUUUGAAGAAUGACUGCACUCUACAGUAUGUUCAAUAUGAUGUCUUUUGUUUGUGUAAACCUCCCCGUACUGGUUCCAGUCGAGAUGUGAGGCGUCUGAUGAGCUGCCCGUGUGGAGCUGGGAGCCGGAAGCUGUGAUCAGCUGAUGGAGGAGGAGCUGCAGGAGAGGUGAGCCAUCUUCCCCCGGCAGAUUGAUUCACUUCGGGAGAGCCUGGUCAAGAAGAAUAAGGGAUUAAUCUGAGGAGCCGGGUGUCAUUUGGAGGCAGCGACGAGUGGAAGGAGACAGGGCAACUGGUGAAAGUCUGAAAGGAAGAUGUCCGAAGGACUCAUCAGAAUGUUUCCACCACAGCUGACGAAGGAAUAUACCAGCUUUUAACGUCAGACACAGACUCCAAUACAAAGAACGGACAACAUUGAGCUGGGAGCGGGGAUUAAUAUCGGAAUCUGACCCGAAUAUAGCCUAAAAAUAAAUUCCAGAAGGUAGGUUAUAUAGAUAAGCACGGAGUCCUUGCAGCAUGAGAGCUGUUGAGCACCAUCAUUAAAUGUAAACAAACAGCUAUACAAGCUAGCUGAAGUUAGCCGAUUGAGGGGUUAGCUUUCUACUGCUAGUGAAUAUAGCUAGCGUCAGGUUGUAGGACAAAAGUAAAUUUAAGACAGUCCGAACCGAAUCAUCCUGGUUUAGGGUAGAAACCCAUAUUAAAUCUCAAUGGAGUGUUUUUAGAGAAUGACAGCAUUUUCUAUAAUCUCAGUAUGUUGUUAUUAGCACAAUUAGCAUGUAGGCUAACGUCGGCUAAAUGGUAUUUGCGCUAGCAGUGCAGCAUAAUAUCAUUAUAAAUAGCACAGCAAAUGUACAAACAAAGAAGACAUUCUACAUUUUCGGCGCUACGUGGGCUUUUCACCUCGUAAAUUACAUUGAACUGUGGCAGAGAUAAAACACUUGUAGAACUGGUGUAAUGCUACAAUAGAUCAUCUGUAGCCCCAGAGUCGUCCAGCUGAUUGGCUGAAAACAGGAGGACGUCGGGAUGAAAGCAAACAACUUCAUGACUUCUUAAAGAUCUGAUCUUCUGAAAGCUCUGUGCUGUAUUCGUGUUCGUAGCUUCACGUUGAGAGGAACAUUUCCUUUUUAUUCGGCCGUCUUAGCUCGUCUGUCCUCUCAGCAUUAGCAGUCAAACUGAGAGGAGGGUCUGCAAAGAGAGUCCCAACUCAGCCCGGCAGCAUGCAGGAGGUCGUUAAAUCGAUCUAUUAGUUUGAUUUGAAUAUAGAACAACAUCUAAAACUUAAGAAAAGUGGCGUUUGAACAGUCUGUAAUUACAGCUUAGGUGUUCGCCUCUUCCUCCCGACUAUUUAAAGAAGUCCGGCGCCUUGUCAGAGUUUGGAUCAUAUAGCCUGUGGGCCCAGAGGGAAGCCUCCUCUCAGCUGUGUUUUGGUAGCCUCUGUCCUCCCCUCCCCCAGUCUUGAGACUCUGGAUUCUCUCCGACUGUUGGAGGGUUUACGCUGGAUUUUUAGACUGAAGAAAAGCAGUGGUCUCGAGUCGCAGUCCUCUGGACGCCGGGGCAGUUAAACAUUGGAUGUAAUGGAACUGAUGUUCGCCGAGUGGGAGGACGGGGAGAGGUUCUCCUUCGAAGACUCGGACCGGUUCGAAGAAGACUCUCUGUGCUCCUUCAUCUCAGAGGCCGAGAGCCUGUGUCAGAACUGGAGAGGAUGGAGGAAGCAGUCUGCUGGACCCAACUCCCCUACUGUCAAAAUUAAAGGUGGAUGGGAGUACAGUACUGAUCACACUCUUACCGCCCUUUCAGAUGGUCAGGUGAUUCCACUGGUAGAGCUGUCAGCAAAGCAGGUAGCAUUCCACAUCCCGUUUGAGGUGGUGGAGAAGGUCUACCCCCCUGUCCCAGAACAGCUCCAGCUUCGCAUUGCCUACUGGAGCUUCCCUGAAAAUGAGGAAGACAUCAGGUUAUAUUCCUGUCUGGCUAAUGGGAGUCCAGAUGAAUUCCAACGUGGAGAGCAACUCUACAGGAUCCGAGCAGUCAAAGACCCGCUGCAGAUCGGCUUCCAUCUCAGUGCUACAGUCGUGUCCAGUCAGGCUGGUCAGUCUAAGGGAGCAUACAAUGUGGCGGUCAUGUUUGAUCGCUGCCGCAUCACUUCCUGUAGCUGCACCUGCGGCGCGGGGGCCAAAUGGUGUGCCCAUGUGGUGGCACUGUGCCUGUUCAGGAUCCAUAAUGCAUCAGCAGUUUGUCUGAGGGCUCCGGUCUCUGAGUCUCUGUCCAGGCUGCAGAGGGACCAGCUGCAAAAGUUUGCCCAGUACCUCAUCAGUGAGCUGCCUCAGCAGAUCCUGCCCACAGCCCAACGGCUACUUGAUGAGUUGCUCUCUUCUCAGUCUACUGCCAUCAACACAGUGUGUGGAGCUCCAGAUCCGACAGCAGGGCCCUCAGCGUCUGACCAGAGCACAUGGUAUUUGGAUGAGUCGACUCUCAGUGACAACAUCAAAAAGACUCUGCACAAGUUCUGCGGGCCUUCACCUGUUGUCUUCAGUGAUGUAAACUCCAUGUAUUUAUCGUCCACGGAGCCGCCAGCUGCUGCUGAGUGGGCAUGUCUGCUGCGUCCUCUGAGGGGCAGAGAGCCAGAAGGCAUUUGGAACCUUUUGUCCAUUGUCAGGGAGAUGUUCAAGAGACGAGACAGCAAUGCAGCUCCACUGCUGGAGAUCCUCACUGAGCAGUGCCUCACCUACGAACAGAUCAUUAGCUGGUGGUACAGUGUUCGAACAUCAGCGUCGCACAGCAGUGCCAGUGGUCACACUGGGCGCAGCAAUGGCCAGUCAGAGGUGGCGGCUCAUGCCUGUGCCAGCAUGUGCGAUGAGAUGGUGGUGCUCUGGAGACUCGCUGUGCUUGACCCGACGAUGAGCCCUUGCAGGCGUCUCGAACUGGCAGGCCAGCUGAAGCAGUGGCAUCUAAAGGUGAUUGAAAUAGUGAAGCGGGGGCAACAUCGCAAGUCCCUGGAUAAACUGUUCCAGGGCUUCAAACCUGCUGUAGAGUCCUGCUACUUUAACUGGGAAGUGGCCUACCCACUGGAUGGAAUAACCUACUGCAGUGCAGAUAAGAAGAGUGCCACAUUUUGCUGGUCUCGGGCAGUGCAGCACCAGAGAGGAGUCAAAGCUGCUGCAGGAGGGGUUGGAGAACCUCCUGAACCAGGGGGAGGGGGCAGAGCUGAAGGUGGAGCUGUAGGAGAUUAUAAAGGAAGAGGGAGUGGUCACUUGUCUCAACAAGAAUUGGCAGUCCGACCCAAGGAAACCAUUCUAACCAAGAGGAAGGGUCUGUCAGUGAGUGGAGGGGGAGGGAUGCUGGUCCGUUUGGGAGGGAGUGUCUCUCUUUCCCUGGAAGACGGAGGUGGGAAGUGCAUGUACAAAGGUCCAGGCUCCUCCUCUGGAGGGAAGCUGAAACUGACACAGGGAGGUGGAAAAGGGGCAUCGGUAGGAGGACCUGGAGGGAGUGGAGCAUUAGGAGGGGGAAAGCAUGCCAGUGCCAAGCGGAGAACCAGCAGCGAGGACAGCUCCCUGGAGCCAGACUUGGCUGAGCUCAGCCUGGAUGAUGGCUGUAGUCUGGCUUUGGGGGCUGAGGCCAGCAACACUUUUGAGUUUCUACCCCCACCACCAGAAAUGCUGCCAUCUUCAAGCCCACUGCUCAGAGACUCGCGCAAGUACAGCAGCACCAACGGAGGGAACAAGAUGUUUGAAACAAAGCGUGUCAGCCUUAGCUCAGCUGCACUUCCUGCUGCAGAGACUGCUCCAUCCGGCUUCCCUUCCAAAGAGACAGUGGUGGUUGUUAUGGACACGCCCAAUGCUGCAGAAAAGGAAGCAGAGCUGGAGGUGGAGUCUGUCCAGAACAGAGAUGAAGAUGUAGACUCAGCUGGCAGUAAUCAACCCUCUACCUCCACCACUACAACAAGAUCAGGCACCACUCAAACAUCAGCCAAGGCCCAGCGGGGCAACGAAGACGCAGCGUCUGCUGGAGCAGCGGGAGCAGGGAGCGGGACAGCAGCUGCAGCUGGACCAGCUAACCAAGAAGCAGAGGCACCAGGUGCAGCGGCUGGAGGAGAAGCUGUGGGUGAGGAUGACUAUCAGGCAUACUACCUGAGUGCUGCCUCAGAGGAGGGAGCAGACAGACAGUUGACUGACAACCAUCAGGAGGAGGAGCCGGACAUCUUUGCAGGAAUCAAACCGCUGGAUCAGGAGGGACGCAUGGAGGUGCUGUUUGCAUGUGCAGAGGCCCUUUAUGCUCAUGGUUACAGUAAUGAGGCGUGCCGGCUGGCAGUGGAGCUGGCCAGAGACCUGUUAGCCAACCCUCCAGACCUGAAAGUGGAGCAGCCACAGACUAAGGGUAAGAAGAGCAAAGUGUCGACCAGCCGUCAGACGCAGAUAGCCACCAACACACUGUCGAAAACUUCCUUUCUCCUCACUGUUCUCUGUGAGCGUCUGGAGCUCCACAACCUGGCCUUCAGCACCGGCAUGUUCUCCCUGGAGCUCCAGAGACCACCGGCGUCUACCAAAGCUCUGGAGGUGAAGCUGGCCUACCAGGAGUCGGAGGUGGUGGCUCUAUUGAAGAAGAUUCCUCUGGGCCUGGUGGAGAUGUCGGUGAUCAGAGAGAGAGGGGAGCAGCUCAGAGACGGAAACUUCUGUGAUUACAGACCUGUGCUGCCUCUCAUGUUGGCCAGCUUCAUCUUUGAUGUACUGUGUACCCCAGUUUGUGCAGUCGUGUCCCCAACAGGUUCCCGUCCACCUAGUCGCAACCGUAACAAUGAGAUGCCAGGUGAUGAGGAGCUGGGCUUUGAGGCUGCUGUUGCUGCACUUGGUAUGAAGACCACAGUCAGUGAAGCAGAGCAUCCUCUACUGUGUGAAGGAACUAGACGAGUGAAGGGUGACCUGGCUCUGGCUCUCAUGAUCACUUACAAGGAUGACCAGAGCAAGCUUAAGAAGAUACUGGAUAAGUUGUUGGACAGGGAGAGUCAGACCCACAAGCCUCAGACUUUAAGCUCAUUCUAUUCAAGCAAGCCAGCAGCUGGCAGCCAGCGCAGCCCAUCCAAACACACUGCUUCUGGCCACAGUGGAGUGGGCGGAGCCACAGGGGGUGUAUCUAAACACGCUCCUUCAUCUUCCUCUGCGACCACUGUGGCAGCCUCUUCCUCCAGCUCUACGUCUGCUGUGACACUGGCUGGAGAAGAGGUGCCUCAUCAGGCUGAACUCAACCCAGUUCCGAGCAGUGCCGCAGGGGAGAGUACUGCUGAGACCAGGGAGCAUGUAUCAGAUGGGCCUCCUCCAUCGAGUGACCAGCAGAGUGAAACAGCUCCGUUUAAGCUGGAGGCCACCGUGCCUAGUCGGCUGGCGCUGGGGGCGCGCUGUGGUUACAGCCAACGCUGCUGGGGCUCACCAGUCCGUCAGAAGAAGAAACACACUGGCAUGGCGAGUAUUGAUAGCAGUGCUCCAGAGACGACCUCCGACAGUUCCCCCACCCUUAGCCGCCGACCGCUCCGGGGUGGCUGGGCAGCAACAUCUUGGGGGCGUGGCCAGGACAGUGAUAGCAUCAGCAGUUCAUCAUCUGAUUCGUUGGGCUCUUCCUCCUCCAGUGGCUCUCGUAGGGCUGGUGGUGGGGCCAGAGCCAAGAGCAAUGACACCAGCAGGUACAAAGGACGACGUCCAGAGUGCCAUGCCCCCCAUGUGCCCAACCAGCCGUCAGAGGCAGCAGCCCAUUUUUACUUUGAACUCGCCAAGACGGUUCUGAUCAAAGCUGGAGGAAACUCCUCAACUUCCAUUUUCACCCAGCCCUCUGCCAGUGGGGGCCACCAGGGGCCCCACAGAAACCUGCACCUGUGUGCCUUUGAGAUUGGCCUGUAUGCGCUUGGCCUCCACAACUUUGUCUCACCCAACUGGCUGUCCAGGACCUACUCCUCACAUGUGUCCUGGAUAACUGGCCAGGCCAUGGAGAUCGGCAGUGCUGCUCUCAAUAUUUUGGUGGAGUGCUGGGAUGGUCACCUUACCCCUCCAGAGGUGGCAUCCCUAGCAGACCGAGCCUCGCGGGCCAGGGACCUCAACAUGGUUCGUGCAGCAGCGGAGCUGGCCCUAAGCUGCUUGCCACAUGCUCAUGCCCUGAAUCCUAAUGAAAUACAGAGAGCCCUGGUGCAAUGCAAAGAGCAGGACAAUGUGAUGCUGGAGAAGGCCUGCAUGGCAGUAGAGGAAGCAGCCAAGGGGGGAGGUGUGUAUCCUGAGGUUCUGUUUGAGGUCGCUCACCAGUGGUACUGGCUGUAUGAGCAGUCAGUGGGCGGGGGCUCAGGUCAGCAGAGGGAGACCUCUGGGCGCUGUGGGGCAAACGGGGGCUCGGGCAGAAGGCUCAUGGAAUCCAGCUGUGGUGUCCAUGACAGUGGGGCCAACAUGGAGUCUUCGGGGGUUGCAACUGUCACAGCCUCAGUCACUGCAGCAGCCGUUGUACCCGUCAUCUCCGUGGGCUCCACCAUCUACCAGUCCCAUGCCAUGCCCGGGCAGGCCAUAGCUCACCCCCACAGCCAAGGCCUCCACCCCUACACCACCAUCCAGGCCCAUCUCCCCACCGUCUGCACUCCCCAGUACCUGGGACAUCCUCUGCAGCAUGUCGCCCGACCCACGGUCUUCCCUGUGUCUGGGGCUGCAUAUCCACAGGGAAUGCACCCAGCCUUCAUCGGGGCCCAGUUCCCUUUCGCAGUGGCCACUGGCCCCCAGCCACCUAUGGCAGCCACAGCUGUGACUUUCCCUGGUGUCCCCGUACCGUCCAUGACUCAGAUCGCCGUCCACCCCUACCACACUGAGACCGGCCUGCCCCUUGGCACCACUGUAGCAGUAGGCAGCGUCCACGCCGGCCCCACCAUCCAGACCAUCCAGGGAGCAUCUUUACCCUCUCUCUCCUCUCAGCCAGGCUCAUUGGUCAGCACUCCUUUCCCAGCAGAGGACGAGCAGCACAGCCAGCCAAUCAGCCAGCAGGGUCUGCACUACCUUCACUCUGCCUACAGAGUUGGUAUGCUAGCAUUGGAAAUGCUGGGCAGGAGGGCUCACAAUGAUCACCCCAACAACUUCUCCAGGAGUCCACCUUAUACUGAGGAUGUCAAAUGGCUGCUGGGACUGGCUGCAAGGCUAGGAGUCAACUACGUGUACCAGUUCUGUGUCGGAGCAGCAAAAGGUGUCCUCAGUCCAUUUGUUCUGCAGGAGAUCAUCAUGGAGGCCCUGCAGAGACUGAACCCAGCCCAUAUCCACGCUCAUCUCCGAACACCUGCUUUCCAUCAGCUCGUCCAGCGCUGCCAACAGGCCUACCUGCAGUACAUCCACCACCGGCUCAUCCACCUGACACCUGCUGACUAUGAUGACUUUGUCAACAUCAUCCGCAGCGCUCGAGGUGCUUUCUGCCUGACGCCUGUGGGUAUGAUGCAGUUUAACGAUGUGCUGCAGAACCUGAAGAGAGGCAAGCAGACAAAGGAGCUGUGGCAGCGCAUUUCCCUGGAGAUGGCAACCUUCUCCCCUUAAGCAGCACCCUGAGCAAGGGUGUGCUGGGCCUGGGCCUGAAUCAAGCUUGACAAGUCCCACCUAGCGCACCCUCAGCCUCUAACACUGCUACUGCCGCUGCACUGAGCUGGCCACAUUCUGUCUGGUUCUGUCAGGGAUCCUGUUCCCUGCGAUGUGGACUCAGCAAACACAGCACACAGGCAGGACAAUCAGCUCCUGUAACCCUGACCAACAGGGACUUCCUUUUUUAUGGGUGUGUCCACCGACCUUGCUCUCCUCUGGUCUUGACUGACUCCUCACUCUUGUUUUAUCAUAGUUUAUGUUUGUUUAACUGUGGAAUUAAAGUGUACUCCUACCUUUCUGCAGCUCAAUUCAUCUUUUCCAUUUCCCCUACACUGAAGACAUUUGAAGGGGAUCUGUCACCCUCCAUCCUCACUUAAUUUCCUAUGUUUCGUAGUCGAGUUUAGUUUUGUUUUGAAUGAAACCACUGAGUGUGAGUCAAUUUCAUGCUGCAACAUUCCUGUCCAGAGUGGUAGAUGCUGUGAGGCCUCAUUCACUAAAUGUUUGUCACUAUGGAUCUGAAUCUUUGCAGUUUGGGAGAAAAGGAAGAUUAACAGGGAAAAAAGGUUUAAUAUGAGAAAAUAUAUUGUCAGUACAGGUGAGGAUUUUUCUGUAUUUGUUUAAUCUUUUUUGAUAUUUUGUAUAGAAUCUGACAUGUAUGGAGAGAGGAAUGGGAAGAGACAGAAUAUUAAAGGUUGUUUUGUUGUGUGGGAUCCACAUUUACAUUUCAGUGCGCCUGAGGAGCAAUGUGAACUCAGCUCCAGACCAAAACCUGAGGCCAGCAAACGCUGCUGGGCCACGCAGGGCCACUGAGGGCCUUCUCCAUGGUCACUCUUACUCUGUGUUAGAACAUCAUCAGUUGGGCUGAGUAUCGUUUGACUCUUUUUUUUUUUUUUUUUUUAUAUAUAUAUCCAAUUUUUUGGAGCUCCUAAAGGCAACACAUCUAGGAAUAUAUAAAGUUCUUUUCUCCUGUCCUGUUAAGGGCUCCACAUAUUUUCAGUAUCAAUCUUAACAGAUUUUUUUUGAAAUUGUCAGAAACAAAUUUGUCCAAUUCAGUCCAUAAUACUGAUUAAAAUUAUAUCAAAAGAAAAAAUAACUCAAUUGGGAUUCACAUGAAGUGAAAGGAAGAGUUUACAUGACAUAGAUAAGAAGCAUUCAAUGCCACAAGUUUUUGAUUAUCAGUAAUAUACCUAAAGUAAUAGGAUUCUAUACCUGACCCUUCUUUUCAGCAUUCAAGUGAUUGACAGGUUCAAACACAGACAGGAGUAGCUGGUGAAGAUGACAGUCCCACAUACUUCCCCAUCAAAAUGUGGGGUAGCAGCAGUGCACUGAUUCUUAGUGGAUUUUGUGAAGUUAAACAGACUUUGAUUUGCAAAACUAAGUUUUCCCAAGGUUUUACAAGGGAUAGCAUUUGGUUUGGCAUCUCACGGGGAAGCAUGUGGGGUUGUCCCACAGUGGAUAGACGGGGACUUUGUCUCAUUUUCAGCCAUCUCCUUCAAAGUUCACACUUAAACAAUGUGUUCAUGUAUUAAGAGGAGACACUGGUCUGGCUAUGGAAAGUCCUGCUUCACACAAUUCCACUCACCUGGAUCUGUGUGCUUAGCUUGUAGACCAUGGUGCUGUUACUUUCCAUCUUUGUCCAGGCACCUGCUGUGGUUCUGAACGUGCCUCUUUGAUCAGCUUUGGGCCUCACAGGUGAAGGUGACUUAGUAGAAAAUGUACUGUGAUAUUUUUGUAUUCCUAAAAAAGUGUAGCUUGAUUGAAAAGUUCUAUAUGUACUGAUUGCAAAAGGUUCUAAAUUAGUGUGAAAAGAAUAAAUAAAAAAUAUUAAAGCAA